UCUUACAAGAUGGCGCAGCCACAUACAUUCAUUGUUUUCCAAUAGUAAAUUAUUAUCAUUGCAAUUGCUCACUUUGGUAACAAAUAGGAUUCUUGAAUGGCUGACAUACAGUUUGUUCGUAUUAAUCAUCAUUCUUUCUUGCUUUUUUCCUCUGUGGAUUCUGCAUACUGGAUUAUUGUAAUUUCUGUAUUUGUGGUUAUGUUUAUAUUGUUUGUGGAUCGUUGCUUGGCCUAUUAAAAGAUAAAAAAUGGGUAAAUCAAGCGCUGAGAGUACCAGUGAUAGUGAGGAUGACAGACGAAAACGAGAUGAAUUUGCAGAGAGGCUUAAAAAGAAAGAUAAAGAGAAGACAAGGAACAUCAACUCACGCUCAGAUAAGAGGGCGUAUGAAGAAGCCGCCAAGAGGCUAAAAUUGGAAAAUGAGAGCCGGGAAAAAAUAGUGCCACACCUGCGUUUAGAAUCACGAAGAAAAUACUUGGAAAAAAGAAAAGAUGACAAAGUAGCAGAACUAGAAGCCGAUAUCAUCGAUGAUGAAUAUCUUUUCAAUGAACAAGAUUUAACUGAGCGGGAACGUCGGGACAGAGAGCAUAAGAAAAAUAUUCUGUCACUAGCUAAGGAACAUGAAAAGGCAAGAGAGCUGGAAAGGGUACAGAGGUACCAUAUGCCUCAAGACAGCAAGGAAUCCAAAGAUCAGUACAGUGAACUCGACGAUAAAGAAAAAGUUCCAUACUAUGAACAGCGAAAAUGGGAGGAAGAGCAGAUGUCUUCGGCAGUGUUCCACUUUGGAGCUAAGCAUAGGGAAAUCAAGGAGGAAUAUGACUUGGUGCUUGAUAAUCAAAUAGAAUUUAUCCAAGCUUUGAGUUUGCCUGGAAAUAAAGAGAAGGACCAACCAGAGAUUUCUGAAGCCCAGAGGAGGAAAAUGAAUAUUGAAGAAACUCAGAAGAGCCUUCCAAUUUACCCAUUCAAAGAAGACCUCAUUGAAGCAAUCAGGAAUCAUCAAGUGUUGAUCAUUGAAGGGGAAACAGGGUCAGGAAAAACCACCCAGAUCCCGCAGUAUUUGCACCAAGCCGGGUUCACAAAAGACAAGAAGAAGAUAGGCUGCACUCAGCCGAGGAGAGUGGCGGCCAUGUCAGUGUCGGCUCGUGUAGCUGAGGAGAUGGGUGUCAAGUUAGGAAAUGAGGUUGGAUACACUAUUAGGUUUGAAGACUGUACAUCAGAAAGAACGUUUUUGAAAUACAUGACGGAUGGUACUUUACACAGAGAAUUCCUUUCCGAGCCAGAUCUGCAAUCUUACAGUGUUAUGAUAAUUGAUGAAGCUCACGAGAGGACGCUGCACACUGAUAUACUGUUCGGUUUGGUGAAAGAUGUAGCCCGAUUCAGACCAGACUUGAAGCUGCUCAUAUCAAGCGCCACACUGGAUGCUCAGAAAUUCUCCGAGUUUUUCGACGAUGCACCCAUCUUCAGGAUUCCGGGCCGUAGAUUUCCGGUGGAUAUCUACUACACAAAGGCGCCCGAGGCUGACUACGUGGACGCAUGUGUCGUUUCGAUCCUGCAGAUCCACGCCACUCAGCCGCUGGGAGACAUCCUGGUCUUCCUCACCGGUCAGGAGGAGAUCGAAACCUGCCAGGAGCUGCUGCAGGACAGAGUGCGCAGGCUCGGGUCUCGUAUCAAGGAGCUGCUCAUAUUGCCUGUCUAUUCCAACCUACCCAGUGAUAUGCAGGCAAAGAUUUUCCUGCCCACGCCACCAAAUGCUAGAAAGGUAGUAUUGGCCACAAAUAUUGCAGAAACCUCAUUGACCAUCGACAAUAUAAUCUACGUGAUUGAUCCUGGUUUUUGUAAGCAGAAUAACUUCAAUUCAAGGACUGGAAUGGAAUCGCUUGUUGUAGUGCCUGUUUCAAAGGCAUCGGCCAAUCAGCGAGCAGGGCGGGCGGGACGGGUGGCGGCCGGCAAGUGCUUCCGCCUGUACACGGCGUGGGCCUACAAGCACGAGUUGGAGGACAACACUGUGCCCGAGAUUCAGCGCAUCAACCUCGGCAACGCUGUGCUCAUGCUCAAGGCACUCGGCAUCAACGACCUCAUUCAUUUCGACUUCCUCGAUCCGCCACCGCACGAGACACUUGUUUUGGCUCUGGAGCAGUUGUAUGCGUUGGGAGCACUCAAUCACCAUGGAGAACUCACAAAACUGGGAAGACGAAUGGCUGAGUUCCCUCUCAAUCCAAUGAUGGGCAAAAUGCUUCUAGCUUCUGAAAAGUACAAGUGCAGCGAAGAAAUUGUUACAAUAGCUGCCAUGUUAUCCGUAAAUAGCGCCAUUUUCUACCGUCCCAAGGACAAAAUAAUUCAUGCUGACACAGCAAGAAAGAAUUUCUUCGUACCUGGAGGUGACCAUCUAACUCUUCUCAAUGUCUACAGACAGUGGACAGAUUCAGAUCACAGUACGCAGUGGUGUUAUGAAAAUUAUAUUCAAUAUAGAUCAAUGAAGAGAGCUAGAGAUGUACGAGAGCAACUGAUUGGAUUAAUGCAGCGCGUUGAAAUUGAUCUAGUAUCAAAUCCCCUGGAGACCAUAAACAUUAGAAAGGCUAUAACUGCAGGAUACUUCUACCACAUAGCAAGGCUAUCGAAAGGUGGACAUUACAAAACGGUGAAACACAACCAAACAGUGAUGAUUCAUCCAAACUCUUGUCUUUUCGAGGAACUUCCCAGAUGGGUGCUCUACCAUGAACUCGUAUUCACUACAAAAGAAUUCAUGAGACAGGUUACAGAAAUAGAGAGCAAGUGGCUACUUGAGGUUGCUCCGCAUUAUUAUAAGCCAAAGGAACUGGAUGACUCUACCAACAAGAAAAUGCCCAAGAAUAUGGGCAAAUCUCGAGCUGAGUUGGGUGAACAUUGAUACACAUUUCUAGGUUUCUGUUUUAUGUGUAUUUUAUCUCUGUAUUAUAAAUGUAAUUUAAGACUGAAUUUUAUUAAAUGUAAAUGUUUAGAAAAA